CUUGCUCCACCGCAUGCUUCCUUUACGGAUCCCGAGCGUAUUCAAGAAUCAACCUGUGCUUUACUCUUCUUCAUUGCGGAAGUGUGCGAUUUUCUCGUGUGACCGUCGAUGCCAAUGUCAUCCCGAUGCUGGCACUGAAGAUGACAUUUCUUUACCACCAUGGAUGUACCACCUCUCAGACUUCCUCGUCUCAUUUCUCUUUUUCUAGCAUUGUCUUGGGGUAUUAUCGCUGGCAGCGUCGGACUAAAUGCGCUAAUCAAGUCCAACCAGUCGAAGAGCAAGUUGCGGAGAUUGCUACCUGCAAAUACUCGUCUUGACGUUGACACUGAUGAUGCCUUUCAGUCUGGAGUUGUUAUCACGACCGUCUCAGCACUCAUCGUCGUUCUAUGCACCAUUUACAUCGUACUACUCGGUAGUAGUUUCUCCAAGAAUCCUCGUCUGGCUCGUGUCUCCAAAGCCAGUGACUCCAUUCUCUUUAUCCAGUGGGUAACGCUCGCGUUCUGUGCGGCCUGGCUCUUUGCAACACAAAUCCCGUUCACGGUGUUCUUCGCCAACAACAGUGCCAAAGUUCGCGCAUCUAUUGGUAGUUUUACCUUUUCGCAAGAUGAGAUUACAGUUUUUGAGCGGUUGUUGGGAGUCUCGCCUGUGUACAGGAAUAUCGAUUAUCUACGGCUACUUGCGAUUCUUCCUUGGUUCACCAUCCUUUUCACCGCGAUUGCUGCAGUAAUCUGCUUCUUAGCCUCCCGCCGAAUGGGAACAGUCGUUGACUCGCUCAACAAAGGAAAGCCCGAAGAAUCUGCUCAAACCUCGCAAUGAUGAACCCUUUCUUGACUGAUUCAUAUUACGAUGGACUCCCCUUACGUUGUUUCUCGACUGUAAUGUGUAAUGAAGAACUUGUUUUGUAAUGACGAGACUUUUACUGUACGAAAGCUGUAUAACGUUUGGAUCUCAAUGUACUGUAUUUUCGAUAUCGUGAAUACCGAC